ACUAGGGGAAUGGAUGGUAAGAUCAUUAACAAUGAUGUGAGAGUGCACUCACACAUUGUGGCAACUUUUAGAGGACACCGGCAAGAGGUUUGUGGACUGAAAUGGUCUACCUCUGGCCAACAGUUAGCGAGUGGAGGAAAUGACAAUUUACUCUACAUAUGGGAUAGGUCGAUGGCCUCUAUGCAUUCACGUUCUCAGUGGCUUCACAGGCUUGAGGAUCACACUGCUGCAGUAAAAGCGCUUGCUUGGUGCCCUUUUCAGCGCAAUUUUCUGGCGUCUGGAGGAGGUGGGAGUGAUUGUUGCAUAAAGUUUUGGAACACCCACAAUGGCGCUUGCUUGAACUCAGUGGACACUGGCUCACAAGUCUGUGCUUUGCUGUGGAACAAGAACGAGCAUGAGUUGCUUAGCUCCCAUGGCUUUAUGCAGAAUCAACUCACCUUCUGGAUGUAUCCAUCAAUGGUGAAGAUUGCUGAGCUUACUGGUCAUACAUCCAGAGUUCUUUUCAUGGCUCAGAGUCCAGAUGGACGUACAGGGGCAACUGCUGCAGGAGAUGAGACUCUCAAGUUCUGGAAUGCUUUUGGCACCCCAGAAGUGAAAAAAGCUGCACCAAAAGCGGAGCAUCCUGGGCCAUUUCCUCAUAUAAGGGGAAUCCGUUAGGGUUUUGUUUGGAUAUUAGGAAGUAUAAGGGAAAGAAGAAAAUAUGUUUUUAAGCUCGAUAAAAUCUCUCCAUAUUCUUUCUUCAACUUAAAUUACCAAUUUUCAUCA